UAGCUAGCAUAGCUUAUUAAGAUUGUACUUUUCAGAGAUAUUUCUCUAACAGUAUGACUACUAUUGGAGAUCUUCUAAAGGAAUUUCCUUCCUCCCAUACCGAUGUUAAUGUGAUAAGUAACCAUUUUUUGAGAAAGUAUGAAGAGAUACAUAAUUGUUUCAUUACAAAGGAUGAUCUAUUUUAUGAAAAAGCGAUUGAAUAUAAAAAGAAAUAUAAAAUUUACCUAAACAAAGAAAUCUUUCGUAAGCAGUGUUCAGUAUGGAUGAAUCUACCAGCACUAAAGACACCCCCUCCAUCAUUGCCCCUGCUUUCAUCAUCACAGAUAAAAUUGUAUUUCUCAACAGAAACUCUGACUAAUCUUUCUUUAGAGAUGGUUUUAUUGCUAAUGUCCAAAGUUCAUACAGUGGCAAGCAGUGAAGAUCAACGGGGUAUGUUAAAAACUCUAAAUGAGGAUACUUUUAGAAAACUGUUCUACUCCCUUCCUCGUCCUGUAAUAUCCACAUAUUCAGAAAAAAUUGUCCAAGGUUUACCAAAGCCAUCUGAUUCUAAUUUGUCUCAGUCUGAUUCCUUACAGCAAAGCUUUUCAGGAACUUCUGACAGAACAGAGGGUACAAUUUCAGAGGAAAAUUUUUGCCAUUCUUCUGAAUCUUCUUCUGAGGCAAUCGAUGUCAGUGUAGAGUCUUUUAAAAAUGUUUCUGCUAACAUUGCAUCUGUAGCAUCUCCAUGCAGUCCUGAACCUAGCUUGUUUAUUAGUGAUGGACAAUGUCAAACUGAUUUGUCUGAAGUCGUGUUUAAAUGCCAGGUUUGUAAAAAGACCUAUUACUCCAAGUAUUCUUUGACCAUACAUAAUAUAGCCAAGCAUAGUGAACAUUCGGGGUUUCAAUGUCGGUUUUGUUGUAGAACAUUUGCAUACUAUACCAAUAAGACAAAACACGAAAAAACCCACCGUUCUGAUGACCCAUUAAAAAUAGUUUUUAAGUGUGGCGUUUUUAAACUGGAUAGUGAAAUUAAUAUACACUCCAUCCCACCCCCAGUUAAACCAAGGGAAAAACUGAAGAACCAGAAGAAAACCUGUGAUGUUUGUAAAAAAACUUUUUCUUCAAAGUACACUUUGUAUGUACAUAAAAAACGCCACACUUUAAAACACACUGUGCAAUGUGGCAUAUGCCACAAAAAGUUAAUGCGUGGUAGUUUAAGAAAACAUCAUCAGGGUCACAAAAAAUAUCUCGAAAAAAUCACACAGAUUGAAUCUUCACUUCCAACCCCACAGAUUACUCCUGAGGAUAUAUUGCAGUUGUCCAACAAAACUGGGCUGAGUGAUAGAAAAGCUCUAGAAGUUGUCAGCAUGGUCAGAAAAACCUUAGGGCCAGCUUGUAUCAGUCCUAAUAUUGCAAAGCGGUUGGUAGACCAGAAAAAAAGAAUUUCAUCCAUACUUCAGCCAAGAUUGUAUGUUUGUUAAAAACAAAGAGUCUAAAGUGAGCUCCACAAUAGGUGUUUACUAUUGCAAGGACUUUGCAGGUCUAAGAGAGUUUGUAAUUAAGGCUAGAAACCUAAAGGAAGAAAGCAUUGUAGACCACUUUGGGAUUGAUUCUGGCAAAUCCUCCCUAAAAAUAAUAUGGAAUCCUGUUCCAAAAG